GCUGCUGCUGCUGCUGCUGCUGCUCGGGAGGGAAGUGAAGUGUAUCAAUAGCACUCCGCAUCUGGGCGCCCAGAGGCCGACAACUCAGGAAACCGUCCGUCCUGUUUUUCGUCAAGAUUUGGCACGCCCGUUCCUGCUCCUCCUCCACCGCCGCGAGACAGCCGCUGCCGCGCUGGCCGAGCCGACGGCGCUGGCGGCCGCCGCCGCUGCCGCGCCAGCGGCCUCCGGCACGAGCGGCCCGAGCCGACGGUGCCGGCCUCCGCCGCGAGACUGCCGCUGCCGCGCCGGCCGAGCUGACGGCGGCGGCGGCCGCCGCCGCUGCACCGCCUCGCUGUGGCCGAGCCGGCGGCCGCGGCUGCCGUGCCGUGCGCGGCCGCGGCCGACGGCCGAGCUGGCGGCCGCGGCCGCCGUGAAGCGGGCGCACGCCGUGAAGCGGGCCUCCGCUUGGCCGACGGCGCGAGGGCCGCUCGCAGAGGGAGCCGCCCUCGCAGACGGGCGACGACGAGGUGCGAGGUUUCCGGUUCGUGGUUUUCGGGAGUCUGCGUCGGUUCUCGGUGGCCAUCCAGCCUCGGGGUGCCUUCGGUGGCUGCGCCUCGCCGAUGGCGUUUGCGGGGGGUGCCCAGAUUGUCCCGAGCGGCCGCUGGAGAGCAGAGGCGCCGACUGUGCACCUACACAGGGGGAGAAUCGAAGA